AUACAGACGAAAUAAUGCAUUCUGUUGGAUUUCUUGCACGACUGUCACUAUGAGGUUUGUGAAAAAUAUUCGGUUGACCAGUACACUAAGCAUUUGAAGUGCAAACAGUCGAUUCAACGAUGAGUUUAGCGCCAAUUUCAACUCAACCAACAAUAGCAGAUCUGCCAAAUGAGAUGUUGGAGGAAAUUUUCUCCUACCUCGAGUUCACAGAACGUCUGGUAGUUUCGCAGGUUUGUCGCCACUGGCACGGAUCCGCCCUCCAAUGGGGUGAUGUCCGACUGAGCUUGUGUUCUUCUGAUAAGUCAAUUGGCGAGAGAUUCCUGACCAGUGGAAGGCCCUAUCGACAUCUGGAAAUGAACAGUGACCUUCUAGCCGAGAAGUUGAUAACGAAGUUUGGUGCCAGUUUGGAAACCAUUGUACUAACCAACGUUGAGUCGUGGGACUGGCUUGGUUCACUCGGUGGACUUCCGCAUCUGCGGAGUCUGAGCAUUAAAUGCAACUAUCGAUACGAUGCUUUGGAGGAUGUGCCCCUAGUUCAACCCUGUCCAACGUUUCGUUGGCUGACGCUGGAGGAGAUUGGCUCGAAUGCGUUUCCCGCGCUGAAUAGAUUCAUUAGUGCGACCUUCCCCGCACUUGUGUACUUGAAGGUGGAAUAUUAUUCCGGAAUUUUUCGUCUGUCCAAUCUUCCGAAAUUGCAACACUUGGAGAUGACCGGAUACAACCAGAUCGACGACGGGCUGCUGCAGGACUUCAAAACCCUGCCAGAUCUCCGCACGAUCAUCCUCCACGGAAGGCGACUCGAGUGCGGCUACCCGGACCACGUUCUCCGCAGUGACCACAUCCGGACGGUGCAGAUCGGCACGGAUGAUCCGCUCGACGACGACGAGUUGCUCCAGCUGACGGAGGCGUUCCCGGGGAUGACCAGCUUCAACUUUACCCGGUGGUCGCUGUGCACGGUCGCCGGAAUCGACGCUGCGAGACGGAAGCUGCCGAACUGCGCAUUCGAUGUGGCGCCGACGGAGGAUUCCAUGGAGCUGGGGUCGGGAUCGGAUGGGGCGGACUCGAGCUCCGACACUGAUGGGACUGAUUCGAGUUGAUUUAAUUUUUUCUGUAAAUGAACAUG